AUGCUAUCCCGCAACUCUGCCCGCGCUGCCCAGCGCGUGCUCUGGGCCGCCGCCCAGCCCCAAAAGCGUCUCAAUGUUGCCCGCACCUUCGCCAGUGUGAGCGACGCCCCUUCUCAAACCGUCCAGUCCGACAUCUUCAAGCCCACGAAAUACGGCGGCAAGUACACCGUCAGCCUUAUCCCCGGUGACGGUAUUGGUGCCGAGGUUGCCGAGAGCGUCAAGACCAUUUUCAAGGCCGACAACGUGCCCAUUACAUGGGAGCAGAUCGAAGUGUCUGGUCUGCAAGAUGCGACUCCCACCGGUCGCACCGAGGAGAAGUUCCAGGAAGCCGUUGCUUCGCUCAGGAGGAACAAGCUCGGCCUGAAGGGUAUCCUGCACACUCCGAUCACCCGGUCCGGUCACCAAAGUUUCAACGUGGCGCUUCGCCAGGAACUCGAUAUUUAUGCUUCCGUGUCCUUGAUCAAGAACAUCCCCGGCCUCAAGACUCGCCACGACAACAUCGACCUAUGCAUCAUCCGUGAGAACACUGAGGGCGAGUACAGCGGUCUUGAACACCAGAGCGUGCCAGGUGUCGUCGAGUCGCUCAAGAUCAUCACCCGUGCCAAGUCGGAGCGUAUCGCCAAGUUCGCCUUUAGCUUCGCCCUGGCGAACAACCGCAAGAAGGUCACUUGCAUCCACAAGGCCAACAUCAUGAAGCUUGCCGACGGUCUCUUCCGUGGGACCUUCAACCGUCUCGCCAAGGACUACCCCCAACUCGAGUGCAACGAUAUGAUUGUCGACAACGCCUCCAUGCAGUGCGUCGGCCGUCCCCAACAGUUCGAUGUCAUGGUUAUGCCCAACCUUUAUGGUGGUAUUCUUUCCAACAUCGCCGCCGCCCUGGUUGGCGGUCCAGGUGUCGUUCCCGGCUGCAACAUGGGCCGUGAUGUCGCCGUCUUCGAGCCCGGCUGCCGCCACGUCGGUCUUGACAUCAAGGGCAAGGACCAGGCUAACCCCACUGCCCUCCUUCUCAGCGGCACGAUGCUGCUCCGCCACCUUGGCCUCGAUGACCACGCCAACCGUAUCUCCAACGCCGUUUACGAUGUGAUUGCCCAGGGCAACGUCCGCACCCCUGACAUGGGCGGCCAGGCCACCAACCAGGAGUUUACGCGUGCCAUCCUCAGCUCUAUGGAGAAGUCCCUAUAA